ACGCCGGGUCCCCGCCGGCUCAGACGACGACGAAGACAAUGGUGAUGAAGAUGACGGUGACGAAGGCUCUCCUCCUCGCCCUCACGGUGGGCGUGGCCUGUGCGGACGUCGACCCCGCCCAGCUCUCCGGGCCCUGGCGCACCUCCGCCAUGGCCUCCGACAACCUGGAAAUGAUCCUGGAGGAUGGGCCACUCCGGAUGCUGUUCCGCGAGAUGGAGUGCAACGAGGACUGCAACGCCCUGAACGUCUUCUUCUAUGUCAAGAAGAACGAGGUAUGCACCCCGCACACGGUUGUGGCCCAGAAGAACGCAGACGGCAUCUACACCACUGACUUCGAGGGCCAGACCUCCUUCCAGUUCCACGUAUUGGAUCCCGCUAGGCUCUUCGUCUUCAUCAAUAACAUGGGGUCCAGCGGCACCACCAGCCGCCUCAGCUUCCUUGUGGGUGAGCCCCCCUCACACACACAUGUACACUGCCGGUGCCCGCUAGGGAUACGCACCACGACCCGAGAGUCUGAGCCCGACUGUAUACAGGGAAAGGGGGGAUACAGUCGGUGCCCACUGGAUAAAGCGAGUGUAUACAGUCAGUGCCCACUAGACAUGGUGGGCAUAUACAGUCGGUGCCCACUAACGCUAGCAUAUACAGUUGGCGCUCGCUAGAUGGGGUGAGUGUAUACAGCCACUAAAGUGAGUGUAUGCAGUAGGCUCA